AUGAGCGAAUCGUUUGACAAGCUAAAAUUAUCGAACGAAACAAAAGAGAGACUGCGAGCGAUUUCUAUAACAAGUCCAACCAAUGUGCAAAAAGAUGUAAUUAGAUCAUUUAACGAUGAUUUAAUAGUAGAGUCGCCGACUGGAACGGGAAAAACUCUGGCAUACUUGGUGCCCAUCAUAGACUUUUAUCUAAAAAAUAAGCCUAGAAGGAUAGUGGCCUUGAUUUUGGUUCCGACCAGAGAGUUAGCUCAGCAAGUCAGUAGUGUUCUUGUCAAUCUUGGUGUAAAAAGCACCGUCAUAAUUGGUGGCAACAACGAAGCUCUAAGCUUUGAUGAGAUAUUGGUGGCAACUCCCGGAAGAUUCAACAAGAUAUUGCUCAACAGCAGAACUAUCAUGUGUCCAAGGACAAACGUUCCUUUGCACACGCUUCUAAAAAAAAUAGAUUUUCUAAUCCUUGAUGAAGCGGAUAAGCUGCUGAGCCUGGGAUUCCGAAGUCAAUUGCUGAGUAUUACCGCUCAGAUAAAGGCAAAAAGAAAUGCACUGUUCAGCGCCACUAUGAAUGACGAUAUCUCUUCUCUGUGUAAAAGCUUUCUAAAAUCUCCAAAAACGAUAAAAAACCACGAGAAAAUACCCUUGGAUAUACGCUAUGUCUGUGUGAAUCCAUUUGGUAAACUGAGCAUGCUUUAUAAUGUGAUAAAACGGAAUAAAAAGGUAAUUUGCUUUUUUUUGACAUGCAACGAAGUCGAUUACUUCUAUUACCUGUUCACAGCGCUCGGUAUAAAAGAAAUUGCAAGAAUCCAUGGGAAAAUGAAACAGGAAGAGCGAAACGCGGUGUACAAGAAUUUCAAAAGUGUGUUGUUUGGAACCGAUCUGGCAUCACGAGGCAUUGAUUUUUUGGGCGUUGACGUGGUAGUGCAUUUUGAUAUACCACUGGAUCCUGAGAGUUUCGUGCAUAGAAGUGGUAGAACCGGAAGAAACAACAAACAUGGACGGGCAUUGCUGUUUAUAACCGACAACGAAAAGAAAUACCUAAAUUAUUUGAAAGUUAAGAAGAUUGACAUUUCCGAAGAGCGGAGUAUUCGUGAUGAGACAGGUAAUGGUGUGAACGAUCACAAUGAUGACGUUGAAGAUAACGUUAAGAAACCAGCAAAUGUGGAUCGAAUGGAUCAGCCAGCAAAGAAAAAGAAAGUGGACUAUGAAGGGAUGGAAGUGGAAAAUAAAAUAAUGGAAAAAGAUAAAUUAGCAUGUUCUAAUGAUGAAAAUAUAUGGAAUGCAUCACGCUACGUAUGCUUGGAUAGGAAAGAAAAUGAAAGCAAUAGAGAUAUACUGAUCGAAAGCGAUCGUGGACAGGAUGUAAUGAGCUUUAAUGAUACAAGCCUAUGUCUAUUCGAGAAUUUUGAAGCUAUGAAAGAGUACAUAACCGAUGAAAUACUAAAAUUAUCGGUGAAAGCGUUUGUGGCCCAUAUAUGUGCGUAUAAGGAGCACAAGUUGAGAUUUCUCCUCGAUUUUAAGGAACUAGAUUUCGAUUCUUUAGCCAAGCUACAUUUCCUGGUAAAGAUACCUAAAAUGAAGGAACUGCACGGUAUAAAAUUUAAAGAUUAUGACAAUAAGCAGAGGAUAGAAUGA